AUCCCCGGCGGAGGAGGCGUGGGAGGGGAAAGGGAACGGCCCGAGGCGGGCAGCUACUGCUGCUCGGCACGGCUCGGCUCAGCUCAGCACGACUGGUCCGGCACGAUGAAGGCGCGAGGGUACGAGUUUCUGUUACUGCUCCUUCUUAUCCUGAAGGCUGUUACUGCACUAGAGAAGAAGAACAUCAUCAGUAAACUUGGAGACAACGUCACACUAACUUGCAUUUAUAAUGAAAAUAAACCCUUGCAAUUAAAAAAUCUACGGGUGUAUUGGCAAAUAGCUGAUGAUUCCUAUCAAGAAAAGUGUUCAGUUGUACAUGCACUGAUCUCUGGCCAAGAUGAUAACAGUAAUCAGUGUAUUCGCUUUAAAGACAGGACUCAGUUAUUCUGGGAUAGGUUGGAAAAUGGUGAUUUUUCUCUGCUAUUGCUAAAUGUCAGCCAGGGUGAUGAACAUACAUACAAAUGCAUAGUGCAGGAGAAAACUGAACUUCCCAAAGUGAUUCACCAGGCAGAAGUGGUUCUCAGCUUAGCAGCGAGUUACAGCCAACCAGUACUCAGUGGGCCAAUAAGGAACAGUGACAGCACUGGAGAGGAGGUGACCUUUUACUGCAGGUCUGGCAAUGGAUACCCAAAGCCCAACGUUUACUGGAUCAAUAAAGUGAACAACAGUCGCCUGCAUCCCUCAGAAACAGAGAUCAUAUCCCACGACGACGGCACCUUCAGCGUCUUCAGCACACUGAAGGUGACAGCCACUUCUAACAUGCAAAUAGAGUGCUCCAUAGAAAAUGAGAUGCUGCAGGAAAAUCUGUCAGCCAACUACACACAGCAGAAGAAAAUCAGUGGUCCUGGCACAGAAAGUGACAAAAAAACAGAAAAAAAAGGACGAGGUGCUCAAGCAGCUGGCAUCAUUGGCAUUGUCUUUGUGAUAGGUCUUCUAACUGGUUUAAUCUGCUGGCUGUGGAGAAGGAGGUCCUCUAAUCUAGUGUCCUAUAAAGAUGUCCAACAAAGAGAAGACCAAGGAGGACUCAGCUCACCUGCCUAAAUGGAAGGUCUGCCAACAAUUUGGGCAGCUGGAGAAGUGUCAAGAGAAGCAUUACUCCCUCAGUGGCAGCAUUGUUUGUAAUACAAGUGUCAGACUUCUGCCAAGAGAGAUGGCAAAGAAAAAAAAAAGCUUCUAGAACACAAUAGAGAGGAAAAUCUGCAGAAUUUUCCUUCCAGCCACUGGCUGUGUCCACAGAACAGUCGUGUCGCCACUCCAGCUCAGCACUUUGGACAGUCCCCUGUGAUUGUCAGUGAUUUGGGCACCUGUACUGGGGAAAGCAGAAAGCCUGGACUCAGCUGCUUUGUGCCAGACCACUGGAAGCUGGUGACUGUCCAGUCUCUCAUCAGGAUCCUUGAGGACUCUCAGGAGCAGAAGCAGCCACCUUCAGGAGCAUGGGAUGUUCUUGCUGUCACCUUACCCUGAGGAUGGCUACUGCAUGUGAAGAAAGGCAGCUAAAACAAAGAAAGAAAACUGAAGGGCUCUGCAGAGUGAAAUUUGUGACCUCUUCAUGUUUCUAUCUCUCUAAAAUACAAUCCUUUCAUUGUCUCUUUUCACCAGCUGCUACUCUGUACAGAACCAGGCAGAGCACUUUGACCCAGUCCUCCAAAAACAGGAGUUGCUUUAAUAGGGUCAAAUACUGAAUUUGUCAUUACAAGGAAAGGUGCCUUCUUUAAGCCUUGAUAGCAAUAUUUUGGUUUUUACCAAAUAUUCCACCAAAAAGGGGACUUCCACUUUCAACAGGAGCCAGCUGUGAGAAAAAAACAGGCUGUGGCAAUCAGAAAUUAAAAAUAGUGCUCUGUGCUAUGUGAAUGUCAUGUUACCUGGACUUACCCUUCUCAGGAUGGAACAAAAACUGUGGUUGAGCUCUGCCUGAUUCAGCUGAAUCUUUAUUUAAGCACCUUCCUGUGGCUUCCAGGGAGGAUUUUAAACUGAAGGUUUUAAACUAAACUUGUGCUUGUGUCUCAUCCUUGCACGCACCCAACAAAACAAAAAAGAACAAAACCCAAAUUCUAUCAGUGUGUUGUCCAUGAAUAUCCAGAAAGCCAAGAACUGCAUUUCCUUGUGCCAGUGCAUGUGCCUUGCUGUUUCAGCCCCAAGUCAGCCAAACUGACUGCCUGAAAAUAGCAAAAGAGUAAAUUUUGCUGAUGAUGUGAAAUUCUGAAGGAGGAGGAAUUUUUACUAGCUCUCUUUCCCAGAUGGGACAGUUUCCCCAUCUUGUCAUAGAGGGAUGGAGAUUGUUAUUUUAAACUGAGCUCUGGAAACACUUGACCUCUCCUGCACCAGUUGCUAGACUAAUUUUGUAUGAUUUUUGUGAAUAAGUCUUGUUUGUUUCUGCUUUGUGUGUAAGAGGCACUCCAGUAUCAACUCUGAGCUCAGACACUGAUUUUUCAUAUCAAGAUCAGCAUUCAAUUCCCAGCUGAGUGAAAAUUCUGUUUAACUCACAUCACUGGAAGCAGGGCCAUUUGGCAAUAGUGCAGCAGUUAUCUUCUGUCAAAGCAAUACCCCCAGGGGGGCUCCCAGCUGAGUAGCUGUGCUUCUCUCAUGUCCAUGAAUCCAGAUAUCAGAUAUUUUCUGAGUCCAAAUCUAGUAUUCAGUGUACCCUAAAGGGAACUUGCUUGAAGAAAGCUUGCAGACACCUCAAAAAUGUGAACAACAUCUGUGCAGAUGUGCAGGGCAACCAUUUCCUAGUGGUUCAGUAAGAAGUCCUGCAGACUUUUCAUUCUUAUCUGUCACAUGAAGUUGUUUUGUGCAACCUGUGGUGCUGCUGUACCUGACAGAAGCCUUUCCUACAAGUAGUUUUCCACUUUUAUAUUCUGCACCUGUAAUGGUUCAGAGGUGUAAGAAGUGACCUAGCAGUCACUCUGCAAUAUGGCAUUAAAACAAAUUUAGACUGGUUGGAUUUUCUUACUUCUGGGCUACUUCAUGGAUACACCUAAAUGCAAAAGCUUUUUCUUGCAAAAUCUCUGCUUUCAUUUAGCUUAGGGUUUCAGCUAUUCUUAGAGGUCAGUAAAUCCUAGAUGACAGUUGGUUGCUACCAUUCAAAAGGACUUGGGAAUUUAGUAAUAACAGUUUUUGUCUUCACUUGCCAUGUUUAUAUUUUAAAUAAAGUCUAUUCAUUCU